CAAGCUGAAAUUAUAACGUCAAACGUCACGCGGCGUUUAACCGGUUAAUUAUACCCGGUUAACGGUUAAAGUGUUUUCCCUGAAAUUCCCAGCCCUAACCGGUACUGAUGUACGGUAUGCAUUACUUUUGUUGCAAACUCAACUCCAAAACUGACUACAUAUAAUAUAUCGACGUUAAGGUUUUAAGCAUUGUGAUACUGUGAUAUAACGUUAUUACCGGGACCCGUGUCUGCCAGUAGUGUAUACAUAUAUAGGUGUGUGUGUCGAUGUGAAAACACACAAUAAAGUGGAAACAUAUUUGUGCUGUCAUUUUAUUUCCGGUACCGGUACUGAAAACAGUUCUCAGGAAAUCAAAAUCGGGCCAUGCAGUCAUGAACAGGUUUUUCAGUAUUCCGACAUUGAAUCAUUAUUUGGAGAAGGAUGCUUUUUAAGCGAACGUCUGAACUUUAUUAAAAGUCUGGGAGUACAUGAGUGCUAAAUUGAAUCUUGUUGGGAUUCAAUUUAACAUUUUAUUAUGUAUGAUUAUUUCUGUAUUUUCUUUGAUUUUAGAUUUGUAAUAACUGAAUAAUGGCUGAACAUGCUGAAAAUGGGGUUCAAGGGGGUCUUACUACUUACUGAAUACAGCGCGAAACACUGCAAAGAGCGCAAAAUAGGUUCAAGGGGUUCAAUUUACCAUUUUAUUAUGUAUGAUUAUUUCUGUAUUUUCUAUGGUUUUAGAUUUGUAAUAACUGAAUAAUGGCUGAACAUGCUGAAAAUGGGGUUCAAUUUACCAUUUUAUUAUGUAUGAUUAUUUCUGUAUUUUCUUUGGUUUUAGAUUUGUAAUAACUGAAUAAUGGCUGAACAGCUGAAAAUGGGGUUCAAGGGGUUCAAUUUACCAUUUUUAUUAUGUAUGAUCAUUUCUGUAUUUUCUUUGGUUUUAGAUUUGUAAUAACUGAAUAAUACAUGAACAUGCUGAAAAUGGGGUUCAAGGGGUUCAAUUUACCAUUUUAUUAUAUUUGUAAUAACUGAAUACUGGAAUAAUGUCUGAACAUGCUGAAAUUGUAAAACUUGCUUCAACUGUCUCAGAAGCCAAGGAUAAUGAUAUUCCAGUUCAUCUUAUUAAAAUCAGGGCACUCCUAAAUCAAUAUCCUGAAUUCAGCAAAGAAAGGCAGUCACUGAAACAGGAUAUAUUGGAGUAUGAUCUACUAUCGUGGUGUUCUGUUGUUCUCAAAUUUGACUUCAUGAAAAUGAAGGAUGGGUUUCGCACAGCUGUUUCAAUAAUUGAUAUCCUAUUUGAAUGUUGCAUUGGACUAAAUCUCAAUGAAUCUCGAGAAUUUUUAGAGGAGGCCUUACCUGAUUCCAUUCAAAGUGCUCUCCUUAUUGCAUGGCAAAUUCAGCAGAGGUUUAUGGAGCAACAUAAAUUAUAUGGUGCUAUCAAAUAUGGGGUACACGCUGAAGAACUAGCAACUCUUAAAACUCAAUUUCAAACAAUAACUGAAGCGAUAAUUAAGGUUACAACAUCACAUACAUCUUUAGUUGACAUAUUGUUGAAGUCGGACAACCUGAUAAGGUUACUCAUUGAAGAAGGUCUUGAAGUUGAGAUGAUGGUAAACACAGCACUCAGCAUGGUGUUGAGAGGCAUUAGGAUGAAUCCAUUAGCUGUUAAACAAAUGCCAACUGCCGCAUUGAAUCAUCUGCUCGAUGAGCUUAUCUAUAAAGUUACAACUUCAAGUAGUGAUGAGUUGGCAGCAUUAACAGUAAAAAUAAUAGUUGCCAUGGUUGAUGCAGAUUCUGAAAUUGCAAAUAAAUUAUCAGUGAGAUUCAAAGGAUUGAAAGCUCUAAUGACGAGGUGGCUUGGUCAUGGUUUUGAUCGGAUAUUACAGAAUUUAAUUGCAGUGUUGGAUGCCGGAAAUGCUCAAAUUGCUGAAUUGGCGAGAAGAACACAUGCAGUUAAAACUAUUUGGGCUGCUUAUAAGGGCUGGAAAACCAGAUCAAGAGUUGGAAAGUUGCAUAAAGUUGUUCCAUCGCUUCAGAGUUCAUUUCGAAGGAAACGUCAAAAAAAACUUGAGUAUGCAUUGAGGGAAAAGUUGGAAAACGAACAAAGACAUGCUGCAGAGAUGAAAAGAAAACAAUCUGUGCGUUCAACUCGAGAAAAGCAAUUACAAAUGCUGGAAAUUGUUCCUGCUAAUAAAGUGAAUAGCCAUAUUCAAAAAGAAGAAGAAAAGGCCGCUGUUAAAAUUCAAACGAUAUGGCGGGGGGCAUCACAGCGAAAGCAAUUUGCAAAUAAACAAUACAUUCAUCAUGCCAGUAAGGCAGCAAUUGUGAUUCAACGUGCUGUAAGAAAGUUUCUUGCCAGAAGACAAAGCAUGAAGAAAGGCAUAUCACAGCCUUUGACUGUGCAAACCAAGCUAACUAAGGAAAAGAGGGAGGAAUUGCAAAUGAAAAUUGACCAGAAGCAGGCAGUGCGUGGCACGAAAGAGACCUCCCUUUCCGAGGCCAAAGAAAUUCAUGAGAAAACUCAACAAAUGUUGUUAGCUUAUCAUGCAAAAAAUGUACAGAAAAUGAAAUAUGACGAUCCAAAAUUACAAGCACUGUUGGCAAAAUUAAAAACAGAGCAAGAACUUCUUCAAAACAUACCAAGUCUUCAUGAGGCAACAUCAGAUUUUGUUGAUAGUUUGGCAUUCAACUCCAAUGUUGUUAUAGUUGCUGCUGAAAACGAACACAAAAGAACUUUGAGGGAAUUGACCUCACAGUGGUGGCAAAAAUUAUCACUGAAAACUGGUGAAAAUCUCAAUCCAUUUGACGACAAAAGUAAACCAGUGAGCGAGGCAGAAAUGCAGGAGAUUGAAGAGUUUUUGAAUCCAACAUUAAAUCAGGAUGUUUUGUUUUGAUUUGCACUUUAAUCAGAAGUUUAGUAAGUAAUAUAGCAGUAAUUAGCAUUCCAUUGCGAACACAACUGUCAAUCGAUCAUGAAAGUUUUCUAAUGUGUUAAUUCUGCACUUUUCAAUAUUUUGCAAUUUGAUUACAUCGAUGAGCGUUACUUUGCUGGAAAUCAAGGGAAUAACCAUUGCUCUAUUUUUCAAAGUAGAUGACUCUGCUAAAUGACUGAUGACAAUCUGUUUUGAUGUAUUCAAACAAAUAAUUUUUACGGUCGCAUUUAUCACUGUUUUUUGUAUUUAAGUCGAUGUGGUGAAACGAAAGUAGCUUAUGACCUAUUUUUCACAAGUGAACUUUUUUGAUCUUCCAUUCAAAUGGGCCAGGGGCCAUAUUUUCGUCUAGGACCUAGACCCUAGGUUUUAAAGAUUCACCUGAUUUAGUUUUGCAUUUAGGUAGUGCCUAGUGUAGUGUCCAUUUUUAGGUUUGAAUGUACAGAUUUGAAAAUUACAAAAAAUGUGAUUCUUCACGACUUUAAAUGUGACAUAAGCAGCGAUAAUAUAGAAAAGUAGAAAAUGAUCAAUACUGAUUGCAAGUCUGUUACCGGUACAUUUUGGGUAAAUAUUUUGUAUUGCCUUUUAUGUUUUUGUACGUAGAAAUGGGAAAGUCCAAAAUUUUAUACAAUUUUUUUUACAUCAAUGGGUUGGGUUGUCUUCGAUUGGUACAUCUGUAAUUUUCGUUUUG